UGCGCGGGAGGCGCAGGCGCGGGGCCGUUAGGGCCGUUGGCGGCGGGCGGGGCCUUCCCGGACACCAGGGGCGGGAGGUCGCUGCCCGGGCGGAGGAAGCGGCCGGGGCCGGAGCCGAGCCCGGCGAUGGCUGCAGCGGGGCCGGCGCAGCUGCGGGUGGCGUUUGAGGACGUGGCUCUGUAUUUCAGCCGGGAGGAGUGGGAGCUCUUGUCCCGGCCAGAGAAGCAGCUGUACCGGGACCAGAUGCUGAGGAAUUACCGGACCCUUGUUUCCCUGGGCUAUUCAGGUUCCACACCGGACAUAAUCCACCAGAUCGAGCUAGGGGAGCCAGAGCUCUGGACCUGGGAUGCUGAGAACUCCCGGCAAAGCUCUGGGCCUGAGAGCCCCUCCUCAGCAGGACUCAGGAUCCCGGGAGGAACGAGGACACAGUCUGAAUGUGGGGAGGGCGCAGCAGGAAAGGAUCCCACAUCCCACAGAGGGAUCCGUGCACAGGACACAGUCCAUCCCCGGGGUAAACUCAGCCAGAGACUGGACCUGGCUGCACACCAGAGACUCCCCAUCGGCCAGCGCCCGCACCGCUGCAUCAAUUGUGGCAAGAGGUUCAGCAACUCCUCCGCGCUGACCCAGCACCAGCGCACGCACACUGGGGAGAUGCAUCGCUGCGCUGACUGUGGCAGGAGCUUCAGACAGUUCUCAAUCCUGAGAAUACACCGGCGUACGCACACCAAGGAGCGGCUGUACUGCUGCACUGACUGCGGCAAGGGCUUUGCACGGAGCUCAAACCUAAGAAUACACCAGCGCACGCACACCGGGGAGCGGCCCUACCACUGUGGUGACUGCGGCAAGAACUUUGCAGAGAGCUCAACCCUGAGACGACACCAGCGCAUACACAGUGGGGAGCGGCCCUACCACUGUGCUGACUGUGGCAAGAGCUUUGCACGGAACUCAAGCCUGAGAACACACCAGCGCACGCACACUGGGGAGCGGUCAUACCACUGUGCUGACUGCGGCAAGAGCUUUGCACGGAACUCAAGCCUGAGAACACAUCAGCGCGCACACACCGGGGAGUGGUCAUACCACUGUGCUGACUGUGGUAAGGUAUUCAGCAGUGCCAAGACGCUGACCCUUCACCAGCCCAUGCACACCGGGGAGCGGCCACACCGCUGUGCUGACUGUGGCAAGGGCUUUGGACGGAGCUCACACCUGAGAACACACCAGCGCACGCACACUGGGGAGCGGCCGCACCGCUGUGCUGACUGUGGCAAGGGCUUUGCACAGAUUUCACACCUGAGAGUACAUCAGCGCACACACACCGGGGAGCGGCCGCACCGCUGUGCUGAGUGUGGCAAGGGCUUUGCACAGAUUGCACACCUGAGAGCACACCAGCGCGCACACACUAAGGAGCGGCCGCACCACUGUGCUGACUGCAGCAAGGGCUUUGCAGAGAGCUCAAAGCUGAGAAGACAACAGCACACAAACACCGGGAAGCGGUCGCACCGCUGUGCUGACUGUGGCAAGGGCUUUGCAGAGAGCUCACACCUGAGAAGACACCAACGCAUACACACCGGGGAGCGGCCACACCGCUGUGCUGACUGCGGGAAGGGCUUUGCACAGAUUGCACACCUGAGAGCACACCAGCGCACGCACACCGGGGAGCGGCCACACCGCUGUGCUAACUGCGGCAAGGGCUUUGUACAGAUUUCACACCUGAGAGUACAUCAACGCACGCACACUGGGGAGCGGCCGCACUGCUGUGCUGACUGUGGCAAGGGCUUUGUACAGAUUUCACACCUGAGAGUACAUCAGUUCACCCACACCGGGGAGCGGCCGCAUCGCUGUGCUGACUGUGGCAAGGGCUUUGUACAGAUUUCACACCUGAGAAGACACCAGUGCACACACCAGGGAGUGGCUGCACCACUGUGACGGUUCUGGCAAGAACUUCAGCAAAAUGAGUGCACUGACCAAGCACCAGUGCACGCACAAUGGGGACAGGCCAUUCCGAUGCACUGACUGCGGCAAGAGCUUUACAUGGGCCUCCUUGAUAUCACAUUGGUGCAUUCACAGCUGAGAGCAGCAGUACAGCUGUGCUGAUUGGGGCAAGUGCUUUGCUAGAUUGGCCAACCUCACCUGGCACCAGGUCACUCGCACCAGUGCCCCUCUGCCACCGCCAGGGCCUGAGGGGCUUCUGGCAGCCCGUGGGCCUGACGCAGCGCCAGCAGAUGGAGACCAGGGAGUGGUCCUGUCCCCAUGAUGCCAAGCAGAGACUGCGGGGGGGCAGGGAAGGGGACUUGGUUGAGCAGCGUGGGGAAGAGCAGACAGGUGGAGGGAAUUUAGAGCAGAUGGUCACAGCCUUCUCCAUUAGGGAGCUGUCCCCCCCAUGUAGGUGGGAUCCAGCCAGGUUUCUCUCUGUCUCCGUCCCAACUCACUCACGCAUCUAGCUGGGAUGCAGCCAAGACUCUCACACACACAUGACUCCCUCACGCAUCUAGAUGGGACUCAGCCAGGAACUUCCCCCCACACCUAUCUCGGUGCCAGCCAACAGGUGACUCUUGGGUAACAUCUAGAGGUGGGAUUUGCAGUCCUGUCUCAGUAUGGAUUGGGCUGAGGAGCGGGUCAGGACAGCCUGGUCUGUGUUAUUGAAAGAAGACUCAGGAACUGCUCAUGCUGUCUAUUUUAAAUAGAAAUGUGAUGAAGAAGAACUACAUCCCUAAUGUGUAACACAGGUCUGUCUAACCAGGUGUUUGUUUGCUAUUAAAGAAGUUGUUGCA